AUGAAUAAGAUGCGUUCCAAGGAGUAUUUAGUCAACAACGGAUUUUUUUCUUUUCUAGCCACGGAACCGGUCAGUAGCAUAGAGAAGGCGAAACGCAAUGCAGAAAUUGUGUUGCAAUACUCGACCGCGUAUCCCUUCAGAGUGCGCGGCAAAGAAAUGCUCUGCGUCUACUGCCAGGAAGAGUUCACGGAUCCAAACGAUUAUCGGAACCAUAUAGACGAGUGCCACAAAUCGUUCACAGUUAACGCUGCGUUUGCGCAUUGCGUGAAAGCGAAAGAAUAUUUAAAAGUAGAUAUAACCAACCUCAGAUGCAGGGUUUGUUCCACGCCGUGUGAUACUUUGGAAAACAUGGCCGCACAUAUACGUGAUGUACAUGGUGUCUCCCAAAUCAAUAUGGAUUGCGAAAUCAGGAUGCAUCCAUAUCGUUUGUUCAGCGAGAAAUGGGUUUGCGCGCUAUGCGAUAAGAAUUUCGCAACACUUACACAACUCUGCAGGCAUACGACCUCCCACUAUCAGAAGUUCGGUUGCGAUGUCUGCGGGCGCAAAUAUUUGACUAGUGAGGCUUUGAAAUAUCACACUCGAUGCAGUCAUUCCGGAACUCAUAUGUGUAGGAAGUGCUGGACCGACUUCCCGACGUUGGAGUUGAAGAGGGAACAUGUCAGAAUUUCGGUGGCCUGCUGGCCUUUUUGUUGCACCAUAUGCGGAGAACGGUUUGUUUCGGGGGAAAGGAGACAGUCUCAUCUUGUCGAGGUACAUGGGCAAGAGAAGAAGGUCUACGAGUGUCCAGACUGCGAUCAAAUCUACAAAUCCCGCAGGCCCUUCUACAAUCACUACACUCUUGUCCACAGCGACAACAGCUACAAAUGCACGUAUUGCGUCCUUAAAUUCAGCACGAAAAAGCAAAUGGAGGAGCACAGAUUCAGUCACACCGGCAAGAAACCCUUCCAUUGCAAUGUGUGCUCGAAAACGUUCUCGAGGAGGAAAAAUUUGCAACAGCACAUAUGGAUCCAUUCCGAAACGAAACGUUUUAUUUGCGCGGUUUGCGACAAGCAGUUCGCUCAAAAUGUCAGCCUCAAGUGCCAUCUCAGGUCUUAUCACCCUGAGAUAGUGUCUUCUGAUCCAUUUUAG